AAAAAAGGAGGCGGAAAAGUAGCUCUUGCUCUGCCGAAAGCUUUUGGGUCUCUCUCUCUCUCUCUCUCGGAAAAGGCUCUUUUACUUUCCUACCAUUAAUUUCCCGUGCUUGCCAAAUUUAAGCUCCUGUUGAGAAAGGUGGAGGAGGGAAAUGUAAGGAAGGAAGUUCCUUUUUUGUAAAAGGUCAUUAAGAUAAUGCCUAUAAUGGCAUGCUUACAGAGUUGUACUUGGGAUAAACUUGGCGAUAAGAAAGAUUUUGUCCUUGCCUCAGUGGAAAUGGGUAGAUGGGCAUUUGGUGUUCUGAUCCUACUGUGGGUUUUGUUCCCAUUGGCAAACUCAUCAGUGGAUGGGCUUGAUAAGGUGAGGGGGGUGAACUUAGGGGGCUGGCUGGUGGUGGAGGGGUGGAUCAAGCCCUCCCUGUUUGACGGAAUUCCCAACGGAGACAUGCUUGAUGGGACUCAGGUGCAAUUCAAGUCGGUGACGCUGCAGAAAUAUGUGAGCGCAGAGGGUGGAGGAGGCAUGAAUGUGACGGUGGACAGAGAUGUUGCGUCUACUUGGGAGACCUUCAGGUUAUGGCGAGUUUCGGACAGAGAAUUUCAGUUCCGAUGCUUUGGAGGUCAAUUUUUAACUAGUAGUGAGGGGGAUCUGAUAUCAGCAACAGCAAGUUCACCAGCAUUGAAUGAAACAUUUUAUGUUGAAAGAAAUGAUACAAGGGUUCACAUCAAACUUUUAGGUGGAAACUAUGUGCAGGCAACAAUGAAUAAUCAGCUCACUGCAAAUUAUCAAGGGUUGCCUGGGUGGGAUGAUAAUGCGGCAACAUUUGAAAUGACAAUUGCUGCAAAUAAUUUGCAUGGUGAUUACCAGCUUGCUAAUGGAUAUGGACAUGAUAAAGCCAAGGAGGUUCUGAUGAAACAUCAAAGAAGCUUUAUCACAGCAGGGGAUUUUGCUUUCCUGUCCCGACAUGGUAUAAAUACUGUUAGAAUUCCUGUUGGAUGGUGGAUAGCACAAGAUCCAUAUCCACCAGCUCCUUUUGUUGGAGGAUCCUUGGAAUCUCUGGACAGAGCAUUUUCCUGGGCACAGUUCUAUAAUUUGAAGUGUAUCAUUGAUCUCCAUGCUGCUCCUGGCUCCCAAAAUGGAAUGGAGCAUAGUGCUAGUAGAGAUGGUUCAGUAGAUUGGCCAUCACCAGAUCACAUCUCACAGACUCUGGAUGUUAUUGACUUUUUGUCUGCAAGGUAUGUAAAUCAUCCUGCUCUUUUAGGGAUUGAGCUUUUGAAUGAGCCUUCUGCAGCUGCAGUUCCCCUGGAUGUUUUAGUUUCUUAUUACAUGAGAGGCUACCAAAUUGUUCGGAACUAUUCAUCCGAAGCAUAUGUGAUAAUCUGCCAGAGAAUAGGAAAUGCAGACCCAAUGGAGCUUUAUCAGGCAAACAUUGGUGAUUCAAACAUUGUUGUGGAUUUGCACUAUUACAAUCUAUUUGACCCAUAUUUUGAUGACAUGAAUGCCAUGGAAAAUAUUCAGUUUAUAUAUGAGAGCAGAGUGCCACAGUUGCAGUCUCUGGACAGUGCAAAUGGACCUCUUGUCUACAUUGGAGAGUGGGUGAAUGAAUGGGAUGUGACAAAUGCCUCUCAGCUACAAUACCAAAUGUAUGGAAGAGCUCAGUUACAGGCUUAUGAUGCUGCCUCUUUUGGUUGGUCCUAUUGGACGCUGAAGAAUGAUAGAAUGCAUUGGGAUUUUGAGUGGAAUAUCAAGCACAAAUAUCUACUGCUUGGUAGUUCAUCAAUGAAAACCCCAAAUAAUUUUGUCUGGCUCACAGUGACAUGUGGGGUACUUUUAUGUGCACUAUCUGGUAUGACCUAACUCUGCAAGCAUCUGAGGGGCACUACUGAAGAAAAUCUUUUUUAAAAUCCCUUUUUUUGUUGUGUUAUUUGUCCCUUGUGUGUCAGUGAACAUCAAUAAGUUUCAUUGCAUUAACUGGAGUAUCCAAAGAAGUGUAAAAGAUCCUGUACCACAAUAUCAACUCAAAUUCAGUAUUCUUUUUCCCAAUAGAAUGGAAUAAAAUGCAAUUAUG